AUGCCUCGCCAACCCCAAUCCCUAUCUCUAACAACACACCUCCCCACCCUCACCCCGCAAUCCCUCCACCGCGCAACCCAACACCCCUUCCUCCAACGCGCUGGCCAGGGCACGCUCCCGAAACCCGUGUUAGAGCAAUGGCUCUCCCAAGACCGUCUCUACGCGCAGUCCUACAUCCGCUUCAUCGGCCUACUCCUCUCGAAGAUCCGGUUCCCCUCUAACCCGCAAUCGCAAUCGCAAUCCCUCGAAUCCCGCCUCGCAUCAAUCCUAAUCGACGCCCUCAUCAACAUCCGCCGCGAGAUCGAGUUCUUCGAAUCUACGGCUGCAGCGUAUGGACUUGGUCUAAACACACCAACACCUACAGCAGAUGGGAAUGGGAAGGAGGACUUCGGACCCAACGCCAUCACGCACGCAUAUAUCGAUCUCUUCCUGGCGGCUGGGAGUGCAGGGGCCUCCUUACUCGAAGGGAUGGUGGUUCUGUGGGCGACGGAGACAUGCUAUUUACGGGCGUGGAGGUUCGCGGCAACGUUUUUGGAGCAGCGCCAAGGUCAGGGUCAGGAUACAGACGGGGGGGCGCUGCGGAAGGAGUUUAUUCCGAAUUGGUCAAGUAAGGAGUUUGAGGGGUUUGUGGAUGGGAUUGGGGAGUUAGUAGAUGAGAUGGCGGCGAGUGGUGAGAAGGAGGUGACGAGACGGUGUGAGAGGUGGUGGAGGCAGGUGGUUUGGUUGGAGGAGAGAUUUUGGCCGGAUGUGAGUUUGUAG